AGGGAACAAGCUCCAUCCAUUCACUCUCAUUGCUGCCGUCGGGUCUACCUAUCACGUCACACUCCGAUUCCCAACCUACCCAUCAACGAACGAUCCAUCUUCAAACAUAUUUUGUCUUCCAACAGGCAGCCGCCCAACGUCCUCCCUUCCACCACUGCUCUGUCGCUGUCGCAUUUUCAAAAGAUAGCCGUCCUUGUUGCCAUUACUUGCUGGAGUUGCUCGCUGCCGCAAGCCCCGCCGUUUCCACAACCCAUCCACCCAGAUUUAUAACAACAUCACAACAAUGGCCGAUACGAACGCGCCCAAGCCGAGCAGCAGCGUCAAGCUGGUGCUUCUAGGUGAAGCUGCUGUCGGAAAGUCGUCGCUCGUCCUCCGAUUCGUCAACAAUGACUUCCAAGAGAACAAGGAGCCCACGAUAGGAGCCGCCUUCCUAACCCAGAAGUGCAACCUGCCCACGAGGACGAUCAAGUUCGAGAUUUGGGAUACCGCAGGCCAGGAGCGCUUCGCCUCUCUAGCGCCCAUGUACUACCGCAACGCCCAAGCCGCCCUUGUCGUUUACGACCUGACGAAACCUACUUCACUCAUCAAGGCCAAGCACUGGGUCGCCGAGCUCCAGCGACAAGCGUCUCCCGGCAUCGUCAUCGCGCUCGUGGGCAACAAGUUGGAUCUGACCAGCGACUCGGCCGGCUCUGCCGAGGUUUCCGGAGGCGGCGACGAAAAUGCGGAGGAUUCGGGCGACGCACGCAAGAUCUCGACCGACGAGGCCAAGGCAUACGCCGAGGAGGAGGGUCUCUUGUUCUUUGAGACUUCGGCCAAGACCGGACAUAACGUCACCGAGGUUUUUACAGCCAUUGCGAACGCCAUCCCCGAGACGUCGUUGAAGAGCGCGCGUGGGCCUGGUGCCUCGCAUGCCGGUGUCAGCCGCACAGAAGAGCAGAGGGUCAACCUUAACGGGCCGCGGGAUCUCGAGGCAAAGGAAGGUUGCGCCUGUUAAGGGACGAUGGAUGGGUGAAGGGAAGGAGGGAUUUGGAGAAGAUAUUGAAGGGGCGGUGCGGAUAUCCACCAGGAGGGGCUGCGGAGUGGGAUACUGAUGAGAAUAAGGGCGUCCAUCUUCCGGUUGACGAACAACAGAGCUUUGCAUUUUACAG